AUGCCAUCCCCCGAGCUCCAAAAACCGGAGGAUAUCGACACCAAGUCGAUCAUCUCUAUGCAAGAGCUGGACCCAUCGCCAGUUGAAGAUACUCCAGGCUUUGAGACCGGCGAAUAUUUUCCUAGGAUUGAACCAACCUCUCAAAACGGUGCCGGGUUUCCUAAAAUAGGGCUCAGCGGCCAUCGCUGGGACACAUGGUUGACCCGUAUACAAAAAUACUCUACCUACCCACCGACAGUAUUCACGAUCCUCCACUUCACCAACACUUCACUGAUUCCCCUCGUAACUCGCUCCGUGCCCUCAAGCGAGUCCUACCUGCUGCUCACGCGGCCCAUCUACCAAGCCCCAGGCCUUGAACACCUUGUUUUAACCAUACCCGUUCUUGCACACAUAAUCUCCGGGAUUACACUGCGUAACAUCCGCGCCACACGCCGCGCACGUCUAUAUGGCGCCGAGACCCGUGCUCAGCGGAACACACUAUACUUCUGGCCUCGGGUGUCCCUCCAGGCUCGAUCUGGGUAUUUCAUUGUGCCGUUGAUCGGUCUCCAUGUACUAGUCAACCGCGCUACACCAUUGAUUGUUGAUGGUGGUAGUUCCGGUGUGGGGCUGGCAUAUGUUGCGCAUGGCUUUGCUCGCAUUCCCAUGUUUUGGAAUGCUUUCUAUUUCUUCUUUGUGACUGCUAGCGUAUGGCACUUUGUUGGUGGGUGGGCGACAUGGAUGGGUUGGCGAGUAACUACUGCGCGCAAGGAGCGUGGUCAGAAGGCCUCGCUUGAUGGGUUGCUUGGUUUCUCGGAUAGCAAUACUCGAUCGAAGAGACAGCGCAAGAUGUGGUGGGUUGUCAAUGGAGUUGCUGCUGCUGGUGCAGCAUUUUGGCUUGCUGGUGCUCUUGGCAUUGUCGGUCGUGCUGGUGAGGGAGUUGGUUGGGAGGCCAAGGGUUGGAAUGAGAUGUAUAGCCAGGUUCCUAUCAUUGGAGGGUGGUUGUGA